GGAACGAGUUGAUGACUAGUAAUCUUCCUCUCUGGAGCGACGAUCAGACCGGAGGGAUCUGGAACUUGAGUUUUUCCUGUUCUCGUCACACAGAGAAGUCGGCAUGAUCUCGCAGUUCUUUGUUCUUUCUCUAAGGGGCGACAACAUAGUGUUCCGUGACUACCGUGGUGAUGUACCAAAAGGAAGUGCAGAGAUAUUUUUUCGCAAAGUAAAGUUUUGGAAGGAAGAUGAAGAGGAGGCGCCACCUGUUUUUGAGGCUAUGCCACUGCUUGUGGAAAGCACCCAUUUGAAUUGGCCCUGUGGAAAUGAAGAUAACUACUGUUAUAAUUGUGGAAGAGACUACACAGACCCAAGGGACUCAGCUGCUCUAAGUCAAGUAUCAAGAAGGUGCACUGGGCAGAGCCUUUGCUCAGCUAAAGCUUGGGAGUUGGUUCUGUGCAGAGCUGCUUUUGGUUUAUUUAACUUGGAUGGGGUGAACUACUUUCAUGUGAAGGUUGCUGGACUGCUAUUCGUUUCGACUACAAGAGUUAAUGUGUCACCCUCUCUUGUUUUAGAGCUGUUACAACGCAUUGCACGUGUCAUUAAAGAUUACCUUGGUGUUCUAAAUGAAGAUUCAUUAAGAAAGAACUUUGUUCUUGUCUACGAAUUGCUUGAUGAAGUGAUUGACUUUGGUUAUGUACAAACGACAUCUACUGAAUUACUGAAGUCCUAUGUAUUUAAUGAACCAAUUGUUGUUGAUGCUGCACGUUUGCCUUCCCUUGGCCCUGCUGCCAUGUUCAUGCAAGGCAACAAAAGAAUGCCAGGGACAGCUGUCACAAAAUCUGUUGUAGCAAAUGAGCCUGGGGGUAGGAAGAGAGAGGAAAUAUUUGUUGAUAUUAUAGAGAAAAUAAGUGUCACAUUCAGCUCUAGUGGUUACAUACUUACUUCUGAAAUUGAUGGCACCAUUCAAAUGAAGAGUUAUCUUACAGGAAAUCCAGAAAUCCGUUUAGCUCUUAAUGAGGACUUGAGCAUAGGGAGAGAUGGGAGGUCUAUAUAUGACUAUAGCAGUUCUGCUGGAGGAGGCGUGGUUAUUCUAGAUGAUUGUAACUUCCAUGAGUCUGUCCAUCUUGAUAGUUUUGACAUUGACCGAACUUUGACUUUGGUACCCCCGGACGGUGAAUUUCCUGUCAUGAACUACCGUAUGACCCAGGAGUUCAAGCCUCCUUUCCGUAUCAAUGCCUUGAUUGAAGAAGCAGGGUCCUUUAGGGCUGAAGUGAUCCUUAAAAUUCGUGCUGAUUUCUCCUCAAACAUCACUGCAAACACAAUUUUAGUACAGAUGCCAGUGCCAAAAUAUACUAAUAGGGUCAGUUUUGAGUUGGAACCUGGUGCAGUGGGAAACACGACUGACUUCAGGGAGGCAAAUAAGAGAAUUGAAUGGGGUUUAAAAAAGAUUGUUGGUGGGUCAGAACAUACUUUGCGUGCAAAGCUCACAUUUUCACAAGAACCACAUGCAAAUCUCAUGAAGGAAGCUGGACCUGUUAGCAUGACUUUCACAAUACCUAUGUACAAUGCCUCUAGGCUUCAGGUAAGAUACCUGCAGAUAGCAAAGAAAUCGAAGACCUACAAUCCCUAUCGUUGGGUAAGGUAUGUCACACAGGCAAAUUCUUAUGUUGCUCGUAUAUGACAGCCGUCGCCCACCACCCUCAAAAAAAGAAAAAAAAAAAAAAGAAAAAGAAAAAGGAAAAAGAGACACAGAGAGACGAAUCCUUACAGGCAUUUUACUAGUUGGAGAAUUAUAUCAAAAGGACACAGUUCAAUUAAAAGUAUUUCUGAUUAUUGUUGUAAUUCUUUCAAUAUUUUAUCAAAUAACCUUUAUUUUUACCAA